CCACAGCAAUCCAACCAUCCAAACCCAUUAACCAUUACCAUAAACAAAAUCCGUUCUGUCGACAUAGCAGCGACGAUGGUGCUUCUCCGAAACCCGUCAAAGCAAUCCUCUGCUUGCUUACUUGGCCUGCUAGCCGUCUUCACAUUCGCAUUCUUAGCUUCAUUCACUGAAGCUAAAGUUCACUUCCACAAAUUUGUUAUCGAAGCAAAACCAGUGAAGAGGUUGUGCAGAACUCAUAGCACCAUCACAGUGAACGGCCAGUUCCCAGGGCCGACAUUGGAGGUCCGAAAUGGCGACACACUAGUCAUCAAGGCCAUCAACAAAGCACAAUAUAACAUAUCCCUCCACUGGCAUGGAGUGAAGCAGCUACGGAAUCCAUGGGCCGACGGUCCAGAGUACGUGACUCAAUGCCCCAUCCAGCCAGGGAGGAGCUAUACUUACCGUUACACACUCGAAAACCAGGAAGGCACAAUGUGGUGGCAUGCUCACAGCAGAUGGCUCCGAGCCACCGUCUAUGGUGCUCUCAUCGUCCGUCCGGAAAAGGGAUCUCGGUACCCUUUCCCCAUGCCAAAGAGAGAAUUCCCUGUCAUGCUAGGGCAGUGGUGGGAUAGGAAUCCGCUGGAUGUUCUGAAGCAGGCACUUUUCACUGGAGGAGCUCCGAAUGUGUCAGAUGCCUACACCAUUAACGGCCAGCCAGGCGAUCUCUACAGAUGCUCCAACAAAGAAACCAUGAAGUUCCCAGUGAGAGCAGGAGAAACGAUUCUCCUUAGGAUCAUCAACUCGGCAUUGAAUCAAGAGCUGUACUUUGCAGUGGCAAACCACAAGCUUACUGUCGUGGAAGCCGAUGCUUCGUACACAAAACCCUUCACGACUUCUGUCGUGAUGGUGGGGCCUGGCCAGACGACCAAUGUUCUCCUGAAAGCUGACCAAUCCCCUGGUCAGUAUUACAUGGCAGCUCGAGCUUAUGAGAGCGGCCAGAAUCAAGCUUUCGACAACACCACCACAACUGCGAUCCUGGAAUACAAGUCUGUCUCGAGCAGACCUCCGCUUCUUCCUCAAUUACCGGCCUUCAAUGACACCAACACUGCCAGUGCAUUCGCUUCCCGGGUGAAGAGCCUCAAAUCCAAGGCGAACGUACCAACCAAGAUUGACAACAACUUGUUCUUCACGGUAGGGCUGGGCCUUAUCAACUGUACCAAUCCCAACAGUCCUCGUUGCCAAGGCCCGAACGGGACCAGAUUGGCCGCCAGCAUCAACAAUGUGUCUUUCGUGUUUCCCAGGAGGAAUUCCCUGAUGCAGGCAUACAUUCAGGGUCAGCAUGGCGUCUUCACCACCGAUUUCCCUCCCACGCCUCCUGUGAAGUUUGACUACACCGGAAACGUGAGUCAGGGGCUCUGGCAGCCUACUCGUGGGACGAAACUUCUGAAGCUCAAGUUUGGCGCCAGAGUACAGAUUGUGCUGCAGGAUACUAGCAUCGUGACGGCGGAGGAGCAUCCUAUGCAUCUCCAUGGCUACUCUUUCUAUGUUGUUGGGAUGGGUACUGGAAACUUCAAUCCAUCAACUGAUCCUGCUAAAUUCAACCUCAUUGAUCCACCUUACAGGAACACCAUUGGUACCCCGCCUGGCGGAUGGGCUGCCAUUAGAUUCGUGGCCGAUAAUCCAGGAAUCUGGCUGCUGCAUUGCCACAUUGAUUCACAUUUGACUUGGGGCCUGGCCACGGCUUUGCUAGUCGAGAACGGAGUUGGGCUGCUGCAGUCUGUGCAGUAUGCACCACUGGAUCUACCCCGAUGUUGAAGACUUCAACUGGAACUUCUUCUCCUUAACAUUAUUUGGUUACUAUUGCUACUGAUUGGCUUGGAUUCUCAGAAUCUAUAUAUUUGUUUGUUUGAUUUCUUUAGUUACGUGUUUUAUAGUUGUAUACUUGCUUUCUCUCUCUCUUGUCAAUGAAACCAUCUGGUACUCAUUUCCAGAGGUGGUAGCAUACCAGCAUUGGUCUUCUGUUUCAGAAUGCUGUACUAUUGGGUUCUGUAGUCACAAGUGGAAAUCAAUAGCUAAUAAGUAAAAUUCAAAGUU